AUGGAUCACCAGCGACGCGGGACCGUCGACUCCGAUGGAUCCUCGUCAACCAUCUCACGGAUAACCCAGAGCGCACUUUUUGCGCGGGCGGCAAAUUCAAACGCAACAUGGGCCAACCCAGACAUUUCGCCCUAUAACACAGGGCUGAAUGGCGUCCAACAGGACACAAACAUGUUGUUCAAGGACGUUCUGUGGUGGAUGUUGGGAAUAAGUUGUCUCAUCAUCCUUUGCAUUCGAUUUGGCGAGCUUGCAUGGCAGAAGCUGCGGCACGUGUCGGCAAUGAACCUCGCAGCAGACAAGCAAAACUACUGGAGGAUGACCCAAUGGGGUCCCAUGCCUGGCCUCAAGAAACACUUGACAUAUGCGCCCCUUGGUAAGAAACGACACAACCGUGAGAUCCGCCUGUCAUCGGCUAUUAGCAUUGGCACGCUGCCAUCGAGGUUACAGACUGUUCUCUUGGUCCUUUACACUCUCGGAAACCUUGUCUUUAUGCUCUGGGUCAACUUCAAGGACUCCAACCGAUUCAGACUGGCCGCCGAGAUUCGAGGCAGGUCAGGUACCCUUUCGGCCGUCAACAUGAUCCCCCUUUUCAUCCUGGCCGGUCGCAACAACCCGCUCAUUCCGAUGCUGCACAUCAGCUUUGACACAUACAACCUUAUCCACCGAUGGAUGGGCCGAAUUUGUAUUAUCGAGGCUGUUGUUCACACCUUUGCCUGGUUUUACGUGCAAGUCAACGACGGUGGUAUGGAGUCUGUGACGAGGAAGCUUCUUCAUGACAACUUUUGCGCCUCUGGUAUGGUUGGUACAGUUGCUUUUUCCAUCAUCUUGAUCCAGUCGCUCUCGCCAAUCCGUCACGCCUUCUACGAGACCUUCCUCAACGCCCACAUCAUUUUGGCCAUCAUUGUCUUGGCCUGCACAUGGGUCCACUGCGCGACAUCCACGCACCCUGGCGGCCUUCCUCAGCUUCCCUGGAUGAUGGCCAUUAUGGUUUUGUGGUUGGCCGACCGUUUCGCCAGGGCCAUCCGUCUUGCUUACUGCAACGUCUCGAAACGUGGCUACACUGAGGCUGUUGUUGAGCCUAUGCCAGGCGAUGCUGUCCGGGUCACCAUGAAGCUCCCCCGUUAUGUCGACGUCCGCCCCGGCACCCACGCUUACCUCCGGUUCGCCGGCGUCAACCCCUGGGAGAACCACCCUUUCUCUGUCGCAUGGGUCGAGCACGUCCCUGCCGAUGAUGCACUGCCCUUGCAAGAGAAGGAGACGACUAAGUUGCUGCUCAGCAAGCGGGACAUGAAGUCCGAAAUUUCCUUUAUCAUUGGUGCCCACAGUGGCAUGACGCGCAAGUUAUACAACAAGGCUACUGCCCACGGUACUCGCGCAAUUUCAAUGCGCGCUGCUUUUGAGGGCCCCUAUGCAGGUCAUCACUCCCUCGACAGCUUCGGGCACGUAAUCCUCUUCGCCGGCGCAACUGGCAUCACCCACCAGAUGAGCUACUUGAAGCACCUUAUUGAGGGCUAUAACGAUCGCACCGUGGCAACUCGUCGUAUCGUCCUCGUCUGGGUCAUCAGGGACAACGAGGCGUUGGAAUGGGUCCGUCCAUGGAUGGACACGGUGCUGCGCAUCCCCAACCGCAAAGACAUAUUACAGAUUAAGCUCUUCGUCACAAGACCCAAGAACCCACGGGAGAUCCAAUCUGCCUCUAAUGGAGUGCAGAUGUUUCCUGGUCGACCAAACAUCCCUCUUUUGGUCAAAAAGGAGGCAUCGGAGCAAAUUGGCGCCAUGUGCGUCACAGUCUGCGGUCCUGGUGCCUUGGCCGAUGAUGUUCGUGAUGCUGUUCGCUCUGUGCAAGAUGAGGGCAACGUGUGUUCUUUUGUUGAAGAAAGUUUCACCUGGUGA